CACAAAAAUGGCAAAUGUUGCAUAUAGACAAGUUUGAAUUUGAAUGCUGCAAUACACGGAAGUGUUAAAAAAGUGUGAAUUGUAAGAGUGACAGAAUUGGAAAUCGUAACACUCUCAUAUAUAGAAAUCGAAUUUCAUAACAGAUAAAUCGAUCAAAGCGCAAACGUCAGCAUCGUCGUAGUCGUCCCUUAACCGAAAAGCCCUGGGAAACCGAAAGCCUCGCCAUUGUACCAAAAAAAAAAAAAAACGGUACGAACGAGGGGGCGGCUUUGGGUGCUGUGUGUUCUGUAACAGCACACAAAAAUCAUCUGCAGGCAGGCGGGCGUCAGCAUCAGCUGUGACGCUUGCAGCGACAGCAGCAUCAAAAAGCUUUGCGGUGUUAAGAGGCAUAGCCAAAGGCAGCAAAGAAGACAUAGCAGCAUAAUCAUAAUAAUAAUAAAUUAAGAGUGUGUGAGCGAGUGAAAGCCUCGCAGCUAUUCUUAGACUAUUUGCGCAAGUGUCCACCUAUUAAGCAGAAGCAGAACCCGCAGCAGCAGCGCCGCCAAGGACCACGCCCACGAUCAAAGGCCGCCCAUCAGAGCAGCAGCAGAUUUGUCGUUGCCGGCGUCACUGCUGCGUGAAUACAACGUCAUCGUCAUCAACGGUUGCAAUUUCGUAUAUAAAACCAAAAUUUAUGCUUUAUAUCGUCACGUGGCGAGCAGUGGCACGUCGGGUCAAGUGCAACAGCAACAGCAGCUGAGAGUCGCUCAAAUACAAUUGCGACACAAAAUGUUAUUUGCCGCUGCCGCUGCCGCCAGCGGUAAUAAAACCGUUCGUUUGGGGUCGGCUGCUGUUGUUGCUGCUGCUGCAGUGCCGCCGCCAGCUGCGCUGCUGCAGGAUCACCAUCAUCAUCAGCAGUUGACCAUCAAAAACUGUUCUCAAUCGCAGACGGGCGAGCGCAUUUCGGGUACAUCAGCAGCCAAGUCAGUCGCAUCCUCAGCCGUUGCUGCGCCAGCUAAAGUCGAGCUAAUGGAGGCUAUGAAGAAAUUAGAUGCUGAUCUGGUUGCAUUGUUUGCCACCGCCGUUGAGCCCACCUCAAUGGAUCAGCUAAAGAAGCAGCAGCAUCUGAAUAAAGUGGAGCAACUGUGGACGGAGCAGGAGCUGCCGGAACAGGUGGAGGAGGAGGAGCUACCAGCAGCAGAAUGCAUGGCUCGACCCCAAGAUCAGGCCACGCCGGAGCUUUUCAAACAGGUGAAUGCCUUGCAACUACAUCUGGAGGCCUUAACCCUGCAAGCGGAGGGCACCAAACUCAUGGAGCUACUCCAAACCGAAGUGCGACCCAUUUUCACCGUCGAAUGUCAGUUGUCCAAGGAGUUGAUCAAGUCUGUGCCACGUGCUCCGAUGUUUCACCUAAUGCAAUUCGAAUCGGAGAAGUUCCAAAGCCUGACGCAAUGCACCCGUUUCGGACAGACCCAGCAGCGCCAGGUGCAAGUAUCUGAGAUGCUGGAGAGCGGCAAUGAAAUGGGCAGCAUUAAUUUUACGAUCUGGUGGCGCGAGCCUGGCACCUGCCUCAACGAGAUGCUCGGCAUGGGCUGCUUGCCUUUGGCAGAACUUUACCAAGCCUCACUGCUGGAACAGUGCAAAUGCAUCGCCGUCCAGCGAAGGGAUCUCCACUUGGCCAGCUUGUAUCUGAAGAUCAGUUUGCGUGCCGAUCAGCAACUGAUGCACUGCAAGACUGUUACCAAUGGACAGACACCAGCUGAGGGUGGCAACAACAACAACAAUAGCAGUGGCAACAAUAAUAAGAACAACAACAGUGCAGCUGCCGCAGGCAACAAUAAUUGCAACGGCAACAGCAACAACAGGGACUCCUCAAGGGCAACUGCAACCACGCCGCCAACAGCGAAUAACAAAGUCUCAUUGGAGAUAGUCAACUUCAUGGCCGAGACGAGCAAAGUGCGUCUGUUGCGUGGCUAUAUCUAUGCCAGUGAGACACGUCAUCUCUCCGCCAGCGAUGCCGGCAACAGCAAGGAACUGGUGCUCCAACCCUUCUGGCAAUCGCAGCCACUCAGCGUCCAAAUGAAUCCGGAUGGCGCCUUUCAGCUAAAGGAACAGUUCGCCAUCCUCAACGACGAGAAGUUUCUGCAUAGCGUGGAGCGACAACAGUUAAUGCUGGAGGUGCGUCCACUGGGUGGACAAGUGCAUCUGCCACUGCAUCAAUUUUACAUCGCCUACAGAGAUGACAGCAUUACCAAUCACCUGUGCAAGGGCAAGUUGCCCGUCAUUUCCAUUGAUGGCUGGACGCCCAUUGUGCAUCCGGAGACCCAAAAGCAGCUGGGCGAGCUCAAAGUGCUGCUGGCAAUUGGCAGCGAAUCGCAGAUCGCACAAUUGAAGCAGCUGCGCGGUUUCGAUCCGGACAACAAUCAGCAACCACUGCGACGCACCACAGAUCUGCUGGACAUGCUCCAAAAUGCGCUCGCUGCCCCAGCAACAGCCGCAACUGUGACAACUUCAACGCUUGAGAAGAUUCCGCCACCAGUCACCAACUCCCCGUUUAGCUUCAGUUUGCAAAUUGUGGGUGCUGCUGGGUUGCCUCUAAAUCCUGGCUAUGGCAAGAGUGGCAAGAAGCAGCAGGCCAAGCGGCAGGCGGCAGCCAAACGUUUUCCGCCCAAUGAGCCCCCAAACACUUAUGUGACCUUUCAGGCUCUGGAUUGCAGUGGGCAGCAGACGUACAAGUCGCACGAGGGCUUAGUCUAUGCCACGCCCAUUGUGGAACUGUCAACGACACCGCAAUGGCACAGCAAGUUCCAAGUGCAGGUGUCUGUCGAUUACCUGAGCAAUCCCCAGAAACUGUUUAUUUUGAAGGUGUGGAAGAAGACGGCGUUGAGUGCGGGCACAAGCAGUGAACCGACUCCUUUGGAGGAUGCUAUCAUUGGUUUUGCCGCUUUGAAUCUGAAUCGCAGCAGCGCCGGUGGUUUUCCCACUGGUUGGCACAACAUUGUCGACUUCAAUGGUCGUGUGACUGGUGGCCUCGAGGUGCAUGUUCAAGCGUUGCCUGCUCCCGUUCCAGGCAGUGUGGACAAUGCCAUCGAUCAGUUUGAGCAAUUGCCGGAGUUGCGGCACUUGCAGCUCGGCCAGGCCAUUAAGCGCAAAUUUACAGAACUGGAGCAAAUCUCGAAUAGAUUGCGCAGCCGGCUGGUGAAUGUGACAGGGGAAUCGCUGCAAUCGCCGCAGUACGAUGUGAAUGCAGCGCUGGACAAUUGGCAGCCGGAGGAACUGCAACAGUGGCAUGAGGAUGAUGAUCUGGUGGCUGACUUUGAGCGUGCAUUGCGUACUCCAACACCACCGCCACCGCCACCUGCAACAGCAGAGAGCGCAGAGGCCACCACUCCCACCGCACAAGGCCGAGCCGAUGCUGGCAAGGAAUAGCCCCGGCUAAGGCUCAAUUCUCUUCUAGCACAUCAAUUUAGUAAAAAAGGAAAACAAAGAAAAACAAUUUACACACUUUUUCACACACUCUCGAUGUCUACGCAACGGGCUCAAACGUAGUAGUUAUAUGAUCUUUAGAUAACCAUCUAUAUAUAUAUAUAUAUACAAUUAUAUAAACAUAUGUAGUUAUAUAUAUAUUAUCAUGUGCUGUACUUAAAUUUGGCAAAUUAUUUGUCACAAUUCACAAAUUCACCUUUUGAAUGGCUGUCGAAUAGCAUGAAAUCAAAUCAGAGGCGAUCACUUGGCGAUCGCUUCCCUAAUUUGCCAAGAUAUAAACAAGCAAUUAUUGAAUAUUGUUUAAGUCAACUGUGUUAUUGAGCAUACUCGACAGCGAAUACCCCCUAUAAAUAGUGUUAAACCCACAAUUGGCUCGAUUCGCCAUUUAUGUAUUAGUUUUGAAACUGUGUUAAUCACCUAAGUAUUUAGUCACUAUUACUUAAUACAAAUUAAAUGCUAUGCAAAUUUAAAAA